CCCUCAAUGGCUGCCAUAGACUCAACAGCCACUCAGGCUCCGACCAAGCCGGCCGUCCCCGUCGUCACCUCGUUUCCCUUCAACCCCCUAACAACAACCUUUACCCGUCCGGCGGAUUGCAACGGCAUCUUUGCGUCUAACUUCCUCUCUGGCAUUGACUUCUCAACCUCCUGCCUCCCGAAAGGCUUCCACACCGACGAGACGUCGUACUUCUCGCCCGGUCUGGUCUGUCCCACGGGAUACUACUCCGCCUGCCACGACAACAUUGGCGCGAAGAGCAUUACGACAGUAACAUGCUGCCCGACGUUUGGCACCGAUCUUUCGCUUUCCUGUGUUACAGCCAGCACGCUGCAUAGUGUCUGGUCAACGCUGUUUUGUACAUGGAUUGCAGGCGAUGUCACUUCACUCCCCAUGACGGUGAGCAACAAUGGCAUCACGAGCACGGUGACCAAAUCAUUCUCUGGCCGUGAGGGUUUGAACGCCUUUGGCAUUCGAAUGGUCUACCAAAAGACAGACACCGAGACGACAACCAUGGCAACAACAGCGAGGAAAACACCAACAACGGGGACAAGAUCUAGCGGGCCAGCAAAGUCCACUGGCCCGGAUUCCAGUGACUCAUCAUCUGGCUUGUCG